CUGCACUUAUACAGCACAGCCCAUCUUUAGCAAUGCUCACACCAAGUAUAAAAGGUUUCUUACUUUAGCCGCGUUCGAAAUUCCUGUUAUAAUAAAGCAGUUGCGACUUUUGCCGCCGAAUGGUGACCGCAGGAAAUUACUGCAGUCAGUAACAUCUAAAUUUGCAAUGCACUAUUCGUAAGAUUUCUGCGUAAUUACUGCUCUUACGCGAUUUCGCUGUGCGAGUUAUUGUACUUUGAGCUGGACACUUUUUGUUCCUUCAUUAUGUCGAUUAUUAUAGUAAGAAAGACGGGAAUACUCAUGAUAAUAUGACUAUAGGUAGUACACAUUGUGACAUGCCUCACAAAACAGUAUAACAUUGUAGCCGUUUUGACUAUACUGGCCCAGAGACCGAAUAUUGUCACACUCUAAAAUACGACUCAUCAGUUUUCAAGUGUCGUGACAUUCGCUACUUGGUGAUCACAACAAUUUAUGAGUCUCAUGAUACAGCUUGAAGUGAGACUUUCCCAAUUCCGCCCCUAACCCCCCUCAACCGCCAACCAGCCCUGAAACGUUCGUUACUGGGAACAAGGUUAAGGCGGUUCCCUAUAUACAAGGUACCGCGAGCCCUGGUUUCAUAUUGUAACGCAGCACUGCACAUGCGCGCUAUUUAUGACUAUCUUGUUCUAUGCCGUGAAACGAAUUGCAGACGAGACUGGCAUGGAACAAUAUCGUAUAGAAAUUUUCAGCUAAAAAAUUAUAAGUAUGAUUUAUUCAGCGACGUCUCAGAUGAGACCAAAUGUCCGGAGGAAUCUUCUGACCUUAUGGCUGAAAUAGGGGGAUUGUCUUGUCGUCACUGGUGGAACGGUCUAGCCGGGAAUGUUGGGGAUCGCUGUCCAUGUACUAUACAUGCGUCUGUAUAGUUUCAUGGUAAUCUCACUUGCUUUUAUCUGUAUUCUAUCCUUUAAUUUUUAGAAAUAUGAUUUUAUCUAUCCUGGGGAAGACGGCUGCUUAGAGAGUCAGUGGCAUUUUAGUUUACUCCACAUAGGCCUAUGUCUAAUCGUCCAUAACGGUUACUAACUUCACUAUGCCAGAGAAUAUUGAGAUGUGUGAAGUGUACAACCUACAAAUUGAGGCACGUUUCAACUUUCACAAAAGCGAAAAAUGAAUAAGAAUCGUUUCAUGUCAAUUUCUAAUGUCCUUUUCAGCUUAGCACGGAUACAAAAGCACCUUAACCGAGCAAUUAUAAUACUACUUCCACUCCAGUCGUUUCUCUGAAAACGUAGGCUUUGAAAAGUUAAAUAUUACAAAAUCUCCCCUCUUGGAGAUGUCAAAAAGCCUUAAGGUAAAUUUUCAAUUUGGCCUUAGUCUUCUAAACUACUUCAACAUUUUACACACGAGAUUGAACCAUCAUGUUUAAUGAGCAUUCAUUUACGUCAGAUGGCGGAUAAGACUUCUGCCACACAAGGGUUGCCACAUGCUCUCAAGAACGGAUGUCGAACAAGAGCGUAUGCGUACGGAGUUUUAUUGCGAUGUCUCAAAACGUUAUUAUUCUCCUAGUUUCCAACAGCGGAUUUAACUGCCUGGUAAUUGCACUUGACAACUUUCCUCCAUUUCUGCGCAUGCUCACAUUUUCCACAUUGAUUUGUUCUAGUCAUCUUUCUAAGACGGUCUAAUUGAACACCAAGAUCUUAGCGCUCAGAUUCCUCAGACGGAAAUUCAAAGCGAAAUCAUAUGCGAAUUUUGUUUCCCGCCAAGGGAAUGCACUCGCGUCUCACAAAGGUGUUAUUCCGGUGCCAUACCGUUUUACGGAACUUGAAUACCAUCAUUACGAAGACAUCAGCUAGAAAAAACAAAAUACAAUACUUGAAGCCUCCUCAUGCAUGCAAGCAAAGCAGCCGUGUGUGUAUUAGAAACAUCUUUAAUAGACUACAAUUUGUGGUUUGGGUAGAUGAAUAUGAAGUGGAUGGAAAAUAAAAGAAUAACACUGUCUGACACGAGAAUAAAAAAGAAUAAACAGAGUAUUUUUUAACCCUCUUUUGCUUUUUACUGUUACUGUUUUUUGUUAGCAGAUUUUAGUGUCGCUAAGGUUACGUACUGAUGCUUUAUUUUAACCAAUUCCUUACAAGAGACUAAAUGUUCAUUCAGUGUUGCCUUCUUCCGUUCUACAGUUUGCCUGAAUUCCAACUUAUGGGCCUAGCAAUCGUUAUAACGCCAGCAUCCUUUGCUUCAAGUUCUGUAAUGUACCGGUUCUUAUAGAAGCUUUCUACGAACCUAAAGUUCUUCAUUUUUCUUCUUCUCUUCCUACGUCCUUUUAAAAUUCCCAUGCACUUAAAUAUCUACUUUUUUUCGCAGUCUUCUGCCAUAUUUCUUUUCUUUCUGUGUACUGUAUUUGAACUGCGUUGGCUGCUACGCCUUUUGUCCAGCACUGUCCACAGGCCACAGGGUGGUGCUCUCAGUUGACCCUCUGCCUGGGAGGCGGGAACUUAUCUCGGGACCCCACGAUAUGAUUCAAAAGCACAGUGUCAUCGUCCCCAUUCACACUUCCACGGGCCGGGUGAGUGGGAGGUACCUUGGCGCCAUACGCCGCAGUGAAUCCACGGACGAGAUCGGAGAAACAUCACUUCACGACAGAACAAUGAAGCUGUUAUUUCCAGCAGUUGUGGCUCUUGCCUGCUUUUGCCAAAGCGAUCUUGCUCUUCCCAAUGGCAGUGAAUCAGCCUUCAAUGAGACCGAAGGGACUUCGGCUGCAGUCAACAGAAAUGGUGUCUGGGGUUCUCAGAACUAUCAGAAAGUUCCGGAUGACGAAAGUUAUUCCCAUUACGGAUACAACAACGCUGUUCCACAAACUGGUGGCGCCACUUACAACCACAAUAGUCCAGCAGCACAUCACAAAGAAUAUCCCAGUGAGAAUGAAAACAGCUAUGCUGCCCCCCAAACUUCCUACGAAGACCUCCAUUAUGACUACAAACCCCAACUUCACUUGUUGCUGAGUCCAGGGCAAGGUAGCCAGAGGCAGCCAGUGUGUCCUCAGCUGGGCCAAUUCAGCGUCAUAGGGGUUAUCUUCACCAUGCUCCUCAUCUUCAACGCCUUGAUCAGCGCCCUGAGCAUGUACAGCAUCUCCAGCAAUGGCAACUCCGUUUCCCUCAUCAACACGCUCCUGGGCACGAACACCGACAACAAUCAGGAUACGAACAACGCUGACAAUGUAAACACCAACUUUCAAAUCAAUAUCAACCCUUUCAACCCACGGCAAUUUGGAGAUGGACUCCAGGACGAGGAAAUCAUAAUGGAUUUUGAGGACGAAGAUGACUGCUCGUGCUCCCCUCUGGCGGAAGAAGAUUCAUGGUUGUUCAGGAUUAAGAAGCACCUGCAAGGUGCGUGGACAGUUGCUCAAGAUUUCAUCUCUGAGAAUCCUGACUGCACUUCCAGACUGGCUUGUGAAGCUGCAUCCUUUGUGCCCUCUUCACUGUCAGGAUUAUUGGCGGCCUUUCCAACCAAAACAGCCGGGACAAGGACGCUUCUGAAGUCGGCUGCAGCUGGACACUGCUCUGAGACAUACGGCAAAUGUCCAAUAUCACUGAACGCAGCCCUGAAUUGGCUCUAGGAUUCGUCGUGCAUCUGAUACGAGAAACCAGCCACCCCCCCCCCCCCCCACACCCACCUUCCCAUCGCUUGGGACCAAAUGUACUUUUGCAGUUAUUACUGUCAUGGAGUAUAUAAGCUAUAGUACAACUUGAA